AGAAUACCCACAAUAUUUUUACAUAUGUGACUUCCUAAAGUUCAUGUAGAAUCACCAGUUCAAGGAUCAAUAAUUCUAGCGUCAGUUUUACUAAAAUUGGGAUCAUAUGGAUUAAUUCGAACAACAAGCAUCAAUUCAGAGUUUAAUAAAAAUUUAGAAUGGAUUAUUAUAUCUUAUAGUUUAUGAACAGCACUUACGAUAAGGAUAAUUUGCUUUAUUCAAACUGAUUUAAAGACAAUAAUUGCUUAUUCUUCAGUAGUUCACAUAACAUUAGUAUUCGCAUCAAUCACUUUAAACAAAAUAAAAAGUAUAAUAGGAAGUAUAUACAUUAUAAUUGGUCAUGGGAUAUGCUCGGCAGGAUUGUUUUACAUGGCAAAUAUUAUCUACAAAAAUUCUAAGUCUCGGAGAAUUAUUGUUAACAAGAGAAUAUUUUCAAUAACCCCUACAGCGAUGAUAAUAUGAUUUUUUAUAUGUAUAGGAAAUUCUCCAAUACCACCUUCAACUAAUAUUAUGGGCGAAUUUUUUUCAUUUAAAUCAAUUGUUAAUUGAUCUUUAAACAAUAUAACAAUUCUUUUGAUUAUAGUAAUUAUAUUUUUAAGAUCA